GCAACAUGGCGGCUGCUUAGCCGGGCUGCGGCGUUUGUGCCGGAGGCCGUGCUGCCUGACAGCCAAGGAUUGCCUGACUGGCUGCUCUGGGAAUUAAGUGAAGAAUGCGAGACCUAACGGCUCAGGUAACGAGCAGUCUGCUGCAGUUUCCAGAGGUGACUGUUGAGGCACUUGGGGAAGAUGAGAUCACCCUAGACUCUGCACUGUGUGGGAAGUUUUCUGGAGGCAGGAGUGGCCUGGCGUGGCUGGCGUGUGGCCCCCAGCUGGAGGUGGUGAACUCAGUGACCGGAGAGCGGCUCUCUGCGUAUCGCUUCAGCGGAGUGAACGAGCAGCCUCCCACCGUUCGCGUGGUGAAGGAGUUUUCUUGGCAGAAGAGGACUGGACUCCUGGUUGGGUUGGAGGAAACAGAGGGAAGUGUUCUCUGUCUGUAUGACCUUGGGAUCUCAAGAGUGGUUAAAGCAGUUGCUCUUUCAGGAAGGGUGACUGCCAUCGAACCCAUCAGCAACGACGGCGGAGCCAGCGUGAGCACGCGGCACCUGCAUCAGAGUCUGCGAUGGCUCUUUGGAGUGGCAGCGGUGGCCACAGAUGUUGGCCACGUCCUUCUGGUUGACCUUUGUUUGGAUGAUUUAUCUUGCAGUCAGAAUGAAGUAGAAGCAUCGGAUCUAGAAGUUGUCACUAGAAUUCCUGCUGAAGUUCCACAAAGAAGAGAAGCUGUGACCAGGGAAGGGAGGCAUCUCUGUUUCCAAUUACGAAGUCCUUCAGGAACAGCAGUAUCAACCCUGUGCUACAUAAGCAGAAGCAACCAGCUCGUUGUGGGUUUUUCUGAUGGCUACUUGUCACUGGGGAGCAUGAAAACUUUGAAGAGGGCGCACUACACUCAGCUUGGAGGAAGAAGGAUUCCUGUCUGUGCUCUUACUUUUCAAGAGCCUGAGAGUGAUCUUCAAAAUUGUUGCUACUUAUGGGCUGUUCAGUCUACACAGCAAAGUGAAGGGAAUGCUGUAAAUUUACAUCUCUUGCAGUUAGCCUUUGGUGACAGGAAAUGUCUGGCAUCAGGACAAGUCAUGUAUGAGGGUUUUACAUACUGUGUCAAACUCUUCAGUUUAGAUCUCUCUGGUGGAAUCUUUCCCUUGAGAGGACAGACCAGCAAUACUAAAUUCCUCAGCUGUCAGACCAUAGAAAAAUUUCGCAACCAUGCUGACAGAGAGGAUGGCGUUAAUGAAGUAAUCUCUCCUGACACCAGUGUAUCGAUCUUCAGUUGGCAAGUGAAUACCUAUGGUCAGGGAAAACCAUCUACUUACUUGGGUGUGUUUGACAUCAAUCGCUGGUAUCAUGCUCAAAUGCCAGACUCAUUGAGGCCAGAAGAAUUCCUUCAUGAUUGCCCCUAUUUUGCACUGUGGUCACUGGAUCCUGUAAUAAGCAUGACUUCUCCAAACCUCAUUUUGGAUAUUCUGGUACACGAGCGUAGUCUGAGUCGGGGGGUUCCUCCUUCUUAUCCACCACCUGAACAGUUUUUUAAUCCAAGCACCUAUAAUUUUGAUGUGACGUGCUUGCUCAACUCGGGAGUUGUUCACAUGACUUGCACCAGCUUCCAGAAAGAGACCCUGAAGUUUUUGAAGAAAUCUGGUCCUUUAAUAAGUGAAGCCAUUCGUGACAGCUACACUCGGUGUCUUGUAGCUGGCUUGCUGUCUCCAAGACUGGUUGAUGUCCAGCCAUCCAGUCUGAGUCAGGAGGAGCAGUUAGAAGCAGUGUUGUCAGCUGCUGUGCAGACAGGAUCUUUAGAACUUCUGACGGGAUGCAUUAAACACUGGACUUCUGAAGAGCAGCCAAGUUCUGCUGUAAAUUUACGGUAUGUUCUUGAGUGGACGUGGAACAAAGUGAUCUGUACAAAAGAUGAACUGGACCAAAUAUGUGUUCCACUGUUUGACGGCUCCUGCAACUUCAUUGACCCACAGACAUUGCAGUCCCUUCAGCACUGCCAGCUGUUUCUGAGCAACCUCAGCACAGUCCUGAACUGUUUUCUAACAGAAGCCCGAGAGCUUACUGAGAAAGGUUUUUCAGACUUGACAAAUAAGCAGAUGGUAACCAGCCUCAUUUCUUUGUAUGCACAAGUAGUGAUCUGGUUCUGUCGAUCCAGUCUCCUUCCCGAGGGUUUAGAUGAUCACAUGCAUUUGUCCAGACCUUUCUACAAUUACCCUCUGAUUCAGAGCUACUAUACAGGUCACCGACAGAAACUCAAACGUUUAUCAAGAGGCAAAUGGGAUUCUGAUUGCUUGAUGAUUGAUGGAAUGGUUUCCCAGCUGGGAGAGGAAGUGGAGAAGUUGUGGCAGAGAGAUGAAGGCGGCACUGGGAAAUACCCACCUGUUAGUUUACAUGCACUUCUGGAUCUCUAUUUGCUAGAAAGCAUUGAAGAAAGUGACAAACAUGCAAUUACAAUUUACUUGCUGCUGGAUAUUAUGCAUUCCUUUCCAAAUGAAACAGAAACUUUACUUGUUUCCUUUCCAACUGCCUUUGCUAUCCCUUGGGGUCUUAUUAAGCUGAUUCGAGGGUUUUGGCUUCUAGAUCACAAUGAUUAUGAAAAUUCCCUGGCCCUGCUCUUCCAUCCAGCUACAAUCAAGACUGUGUCAUGGCAACACAUGAGGAUAAUUCAGUCCCUCAUGUGCCAGGGAGAGCACAGGCGAGCCCUCAGGUACAUGCAGAUGAUGAAGCCGUCGAUGUCCAGCAGCAGUGAAGUGCGCCUGUUCCUCACCGUGUUGUUGUCCAAUAGGUGCAUGGUGGAGGCUUGGGGUCUGUUGCAGCAGCACACCACGAAGUUAAACAUAGAAGAGCUGCUAAAGCACAUGUAUGAAAUCUGUCAGGAGAUGGGGCUCAUGGAGGAUUUGCUGAAGCUGCCCUUCACAGACACAGAAAAAGAGUGUUUGGAGAAGUUUUUACAGACCAAAUCUGGUGUUCAGAAUCAUGAAUUCCUCUUAGUCCACCAUCUGCAGCGUGCCAACUACAUCCCAGCACUCCAGCUGAAUCAGUCCAUGAAGGCCAAUCCGACGAAUGAUCGUGAUCCUCGCUUGAGAGAGAGAGCAGUAGCCAGAAAUUCUCUAUUAGACCAAUAUGGCAAGAUCCUUCCCACAGUUCAAAGGAAGCUGGCAGUAGAGAGAGCCAAGCUGUACCGUUUGCCUUCAUCGGUCUUAAGAGAAGUCCCAAGGCCAAAGCCUUUAUCAACAGCAACAAGGCAGGCUAAUGCAGGAAAUGUGCAUAUAAGAACAAGUUUAAUCACUAAAGUACUGUCCAGAUUUAAAGAAGCAUGGCUAGGAAACAAGACAACCAUUUUCUCAGAAUAUAAGAAGUAA